AUGAAGUUAAUUAUAUGUAUUAUUAUUGAACGAGAUCUUAAUGCUUUACUUCUUAUCGAACAAAAUCCAGGUCGUGGAUAUUGGUUUCCAUUUGAUGAAAUUCAACCAGGUGAAACUCGAGCACUUGCUGCUAAACGGAUAGCAAAUAAGAUUUAUCCAUAUGAUUUUGAACUCUUAUCUGUAUUUAAAAUUCGAUGUAGUGAUGUAUUACCAUGUUUACCAAGUAUACAAACAUAUUAUUUACUUAGUAAAACUCAAAUAGCACGUGUGAAUGGAUCGAAUUCAGUUAAAUCAAUAUGGAUGAAUUUAGAACGGAUAAAUAUGGCUAUUAAAAAUCGAGAAUUACUUGGACUUGAACCAUAUUAUAUACUAAAAAGUAUUCUUGAACGACAACAAUCAAACGGAUGGGAUAAAUUAUUAUCCGAUGGUAAAAUAUUCGAAGAACCAACCCUUCAAUUUAUUGAAUUUAAACAAUCUGAUUUAAAUAAUCAGGCAAUUGUUUCACCAAUAGAACAAUUAAUAAGUUCAGCUAAAUUUAAUAAUAAAAUUCAAGAAAAUGUUUUUAAAGAAUUUUAUUCAUAUACAUUUCCAAGUGAAUAUAUGAGUUUGAAAAGUUUUACUGAAGCUAUGGAUAAUAAAUUAUCAACAACAGAAAAAACUAAAAUUCAAGCUUAUUUUCGUGCUUUUGAUUCUCAAAAAAAUUCUUAUUUAACUUAUUUAGAUUAUUUAGUCGGAUUAGCUGCAAUGGAUCCAAAUACGUCACACGGAGGAGCUCCGGCAGAACUACGUUGUCGAUAUAUUUUUCGUUUUUAUAGUGUUAAAAAUUCGGGAUGUAUGUCAAUAGAAGAAUUUCGAGAUCUUCAUACCGAUGUUCAAUGUCUAAAAUCCGGUAAAUCAACUGCUGAUGCUCCAUCAUACAAUGAAGUUCAAUCAGUAUUCAAUUCUUUUAAUCUACAAGCAAAUAAUCAAUUGGCAUUAAUUGACUUUUUAAAUUCAGUUGGACAAUUAAAAUAUCGUGGUACAUCUGUUCUAUUGCGUCUUAAUAUUAAUGUACAAGAUUCAUUACGAAUGUGCAAACGAUAUAAAGAUGCUAAAAUUGAUAAUCAGAAUGAUCGUAGUAAUAUAAAUUAUGAAUUAGCUGAUCAUUGUGUAACACUAAAAAAAUCUGGUAUACUUUACCAAGUUGAAUCAUUACGUACAAUGAGUUAUAAUAAUCAAUUUAGUACAACAACAGAAGAGAAAUUAAAAUAUUUACCCCGAUCACCAUCAGAAGAAAUAUUCGAUCGAAGAACAAUUGCGACAGAUAUUCAAGAAAUGCUACGUUUUUUUGAAAAACGUGAUCAAACAAAAGAAGCAUUAAUGUGGGUACCAAAUUCAAUUAUUCAAUUAGGUAGAUCCGUUAUUAAUUUAUGUAAAGAAGUUCGUGAAAUAAUACAAUGUGAACCACGUUGUCUUAAAUUAUCAUCACCAUGUUAUAUUCUUGGUGAUAUACAUGGAAAUUAUGAAGAUUUAAUUUGUUUUGAAAAAUGUUUAUGGCGUGCAACACCAUUACUUUCACCAGCAUCAUUUCUUUUUCUUGGAGAUUAUGUUGAUCGUGGUGUUCAUGGAUUAGAAGUUGUUAUUUAUUUAUUAGCUGCAAAAUUUCAAUGUUCAAAAAAAGUUUUCCUUCUUCGAGGAAAUCAUGAAAUUAGAAAAGUUCAACAAAUGUUUAGUUUUUUAAAAGAAUGUCUUGGAAAAUUCGGUGAUACACUCGGUAAAGAAGUAUGGGAUGCAAUAAAUUCUGUUUUUGACGUGCUUCCACUUGCUGCAGUAAUCGAUGAUAAAAUUUUAUGUUUUCAUGGUGGUAUUCCAAGUCCUAUUUCAUGUCCAGGUGAAUUUAUUUCAAGGGUUAAUGAUAUACCUGUACCAUUAUGUGAUCCAGAAAUUGAAUCACCUUUAGCAUGGGAAAUAAUGUGGAAUGAUCCAUUUUCAAUUGAUACAAAUAUAAUGAAUCAAAUACAAAAUGGUGCUGCUAAUGGAUUUUUUCAUAAUACAAGACGAAGUACUGGAAAGUAUUUUACUAAUGAAGCAUUGAUGGCAUUUCUUGAGAAAAAUAAUUUUACACAUGUUGUGCGUGCUCAUGAAGUACAACAAGCAGGUUUCAAAGUGCAAUUAAGUGGUCGUCUUCUAACAGUCUUUUCAUCGUCACGUUAUUGUGGCGGUACGAAUGAUGCUGCAGCUGUUCUUGUUGAUUCAUCAAAAUUACGAUUAAUUAGACUUCAUACAGCAUAA